CUGCCACCUGACCUGACGCCCGCCGACCGUGGAAGGGCGGGAAGCAAGAGGAGUUUCCCGCGCUCAAGUGGCCGCCACUCCAUUCCCGUUCCCCCCGCGCCCCAAUCCCAAACUAGGGUUUCUUCCGCCCCUCAAUCGCCGUUCCUCAUGGCUCCCAAGCGCCGCCGCGCGGAUCAGAGCUCGCCCGCGCCGGCGCCAGCUCCUCCCCUGCGGACGCCGAAACGUCAGCCGGUGGUCGUCUUCGCUCACGGCGCCGGUGCCCCUUCCUCCUCCGAUUGGAUGGUCCAUUGGAAGGAGAUGGUGCGGGAUGCACUGGAUGCUGUCGAAGUGGUGAUUUUUGACUACCCAUAUAUGUCAGGUGGGAAGCGCAGGGCGCCGCCAAAGGCAGAGAAGCUUGUUGAUCAUCACCUGGGCGUCGUGAAGGAUGCUGCCGCCAAGUAUCAGGGGCAUCCUCUUAUUUUGAUGGGGAAGUCCAUGGGAUCGAGGGUCAGCUGCAUGGUGGCAAGCUCCGACGACAUUGAUGUUUCUGCUGUUGUAUGCUUGGGUUACCCUUUGAAGGGAGUGAAUGGAGCAGUGAGAGAUGAGACACUAUUACAGCUGAAGGUUCCAACAAUGUUUGUUCAGGGAAGUAAAGAUGGUUUGUGUCCCUUAGAUAGACUUGAGUCCACUCGCAAGAAGAUGACCUGCAAGAAUGAACUGCAUGUUAUUGAUGGUGGUGACCACUCCUUUAAGAUCGGCAAAAAAUACCUAGAGUCUAGAGGGUUAAAUCAACAUGAUGUUGAAAUGGAAGCUGUCAAAGCGAUUUCUCAGUUUGUCCAGAACUCCUUCAGUGAGAGCUGUACCUAGCCAUCUUGUAUAUUUUCCUUAUAACACCUCAUGGUGACAAGACCUUAAUCUUUGGCUUUGUCCAAAACUAAUAUGUUAAUGUAAUCCUUUAGUGCAA